GUCAAUACAAUUACACCAAGACUAACAAGAACAAGUGAACAACCUCAUUUUAUAAUUGGAUGGAACCAUAUCCUUGAAUUGAUUACCAAAUAAUCACAUGAAAGGUUUGAUUUUUUCUUUUAAUUAAUUUUUUUUUUUUUGUUGGUCACUGAGAUUCAAGUUUGGUCACUCGAAAUAUUUAAAUUCAUUGGUGGUACUUCAAUUUAGUGUCACAUGCAAGGUUUGAUUUUCUCUCUUAAUUAAUUUUUGUUGGGUUAAUUGCAUGGUUGGUCACUGAGAUUACAAAAAACGUUCAAGUUUGGUCACUCGAAAUAUUUAAAUUAAUUGGUGGUACUUCAAUUUACUGAAACCAUUCACGUUUGGUCACUCUCCGUCCAAUUUCGUUAAACUUUUGCUGAUGUGGUGGUCAACUCUAAAAGUUGACCGUUAAAUGUGUGACGUGAUAAUUUAAAAUUAAUAAAAUUAAAAUUUUCAAAAUUGUCAUCUCAUUUCCACUCAUUUGAAAAGAAAGAUGGGAGAUUAAAUGUGAAAACUGAAAAUUGCCAUCUCUCUUUCUCUCUGAGUUCUAUAAAGAAAUGGGCGUUGUGAUUGUAUUUUUUUCAUUCACCUCUGAAUCCGAUUCCCUCAACAAAGCCCUCUUUCAAACACCGGUUGAAACUUGUGCAUUAUGUGUUCUUUAAUCCAUCACUCUGCCUAACUAAUGCUCAAACAGUUGGCUCCUUCACUCCGCUUUACAUGUUUUUCAUUUCACGAGGGACAUCUUCUCUCAAUUCCAAAAACCCAUAUGGCUCUCAAUCCAAUUUACGUCGCGGGUCAUUCUCGCGACAGUUAGCAGAAGUUGCGGGCUUGUAAUAAUGGUGGCAUUGAUUUUGGUUUCGGUAAGCAGAUUCAUGCAAUGCAAGGAUCACUUUUCAUGGACAGAUUCUAAUCCUAUAGCAUUGAAUCCUCUUAUUGCUUUGUAUGCUAAAUUGGGGUUAAUUCUCUUCUGCUAAAUGGGUUUUUGACAAUUUAGAUUGGAAAGAUAGUGUUUAAUGGGUGGCUGUGAAUUUAAUUUAUAAGUUUGUUUCGAGUUUGAGAGAAAUUUUACAAUGUUAUAUAGUAUUGGUGCUAUAGGUCUUUGUCUUUGUGGUACAACUUAAAAUUGUACAUUUACGUUAUGGUACAACUUCAGAUUGUACCUAUACUUUUUGUACAAAUUUUUUUAUGGUACAACUUGAAUUUGUAUUUUUAUGUGAUUGUAUCAUAACAUAAUGAUACAAAUUGUUUUAUGAUACAAUCUAAACUUAUACAUUUAAUUUUAUGGUACAACUUUGAGUUGUAGAUUAAAGCAUCAAUGCUAUAUAGCAUAGUAGAAGUGCUCCGAAUUUGAAUGUUUAAACUACAAAUAAAUAAAUUAGGAAUAUUAGAGUAAAAUUAACUUAAUUAGGGUGACAAAUAAGAAUUUUUAUCACUGAAACCAAAAGAUCAGUAUUAUCCAGGUGCCACCGGUUACUUGACCACGUGGCUCCGCCUAAUACUCCAAUUUUAUAAUCAUCCUCUGUAAAGUGUCAUCAGUAUCCAUCGUGAUUCCAAAAAAGGCAAAGAAGAAGAAACCCCAUACGAAUUGAAUCCAACCGAAUCCCUUCCCACCUUUGCUCGGCGAAGUCAGCGGACCGUCGCCGGAAUUCCGUAUCUGUGAAACAAUGACGCCGAAGAAGAUCAUCAUCGACACCGAUCCUGGAAUCGAUGACGCCAUGGCGAUAUUCCUCGCGCUACGGUCUCCUGAAGUGGAGGUGAUCGGGUUAACGACCAUCUAUGGCAACGUCUACACCACUCUCGCAACCAUGAAUGCCUUGCAUUUGUUGGAGGUUGCUGGAAGGACUGAUAUCCCGGUGGCGGAGGGAUCUCAUGUUACGAUAACUAAAGGUACGAAGCUUCGGAUUGCUGAUUUCGUCCAUGGCUCUGAUGGACUAGGGAAUCAGAAUUUCCCCCCACCCAGUGGAAAGGCUAUCAAGCAAUCAGCAGCUGAGUUCCUUGUUGAGCAAGCAAGUCUUCACCCUGGGGAAGUCACUGUGGUUGCAUUGGGUCCACUGACAAAUCUAGCACUGGCUAUUGAGUUGGAUCCUGCCUUCGCAAAGAACGUUGGGCAGAUUGUUCUCCUUGGUGGUGCAUUUUGUGUGAAUGGCAAUGUGAAUCCUGCAUCAGAGGCAAAUGUCUUUGGUGACCCUGAGGCUGCUGAUAUUGUUUUCACUAGCGGGGCUGAUGUCGUGGCUGUUGGCAUAAAUGUGACACACCAAGUUGUUUUGACAGAUGCUGAUCGAGAGAAACUAGCAAAUUCAAAUGGAAAAUUUGCUCAGUAUUUGUGCAAAAUUAUGGGCAUCUACUAUUCUUAUCAUCAUGAUGCAUAUAGCACUAGAGGGGUCUAUCUUCAUGAUCCGACGACCGUUCUUGCAGCUGUAAAUCCUUCACUUAUGACUUACACAGAAGGUGUCGUUAGAGUCCAAACCGUCGGCAUUACAAGGGGACUCACGAUACUCUACAAUAAACAAAAGAGGUUUGAAGAGGUUACCGAGUGGUCUGACAAACCCACGGUAAAGGUAGCAGUGACUGUUGAUGCUCCCGCUGCUGUCAAACUGAUCAUGGAUCGUUUGAUGGAGUCAUGAACAAUAAACAGCGUUGCCAUCUGCUUCGUAAACUGUCUUACGGGUGCUAAGCUGAUUUGGAUAUUCUCAUUGUUAUGUGGAGUUUCUGUGGAUAUGGAUGAUGGUUAUUGAAGUCUAAUGACAGAAGUGAGCUGAGACAAUAAACCGAUGGUGUGUAAAUCUAAAUUGUAAUAUUCUCCAUGAGAAGUGAUAGAGCUUGGCUGGUUUUCUAUAUUCUUCAAAAUGCACUACCUGUUUAAUCUGAUAAAAGUGGAUGAAGCCUACUACUAAAGACUGCUGAAGUUCUGAUCAAACCCGGUUCCGUGAGAAGAUUGGAUUGCUUAUUUGCUUGUUAAGUAAGUAAAUAUUUGGGCCUAUGAACCUAUAGCUCUACCUGAAAUUCUUGCGCUCAAAAUCUGGUGAUUGAGACAGGAAAGUAUACCAACAUGCCGGGCUUCAUACUCGAGAAUACUUUAAUCUGAGGCACUCCGCCCUUAGAACUGCCAUUGACCGAACAUUUGCAGCAUUGACGACAGCUCCUCCGUACUCAUAACUCAUUGCAACACACAGGUCAAGCUCGUUAUAGCGUGCUGCGCCUUGCACAACUUCGCACGUAUGGAGACGAUAUUAUGUUAAUGCAGAUCGAGAUGUGGAAUGAUUAUAUUGGUGAUCUGUCCGUCAGCCAUGUAACUGUAAAAUGGGAGCUUGAAAGGUGGUGGUUUCUGGAGGAGGGGCAUUUGAAUUUAGUGUUUAUGAUUGGAGGGAUUCUUUAGCCACCACCAUUUUGGCCAUUUGGUUGGGGUAUAUAGAGAGUAGAACUGAUCCCUUCUUUGAUUGUUGGAAGUGCAGUUUCAGGCCUUCUGCAUGUACAGAAUCCGGAUGAUAUAUAAGGAAACGGGAAAUUGUUUAUUACAGUCCUUAAUUUUACCUUUUUAGUAUGGAAAUUAAAUAACUGUGAUAUCA